AUGUGGAAAACAAGUGAAGAACCUGGACUGUUAGCAGUUAAAGUGAUUUUGAUAAUAUUAUCAUUGUUAUUAUUAGGCGUAUUUAUAGCUCCUAGAAUUGUUAGUGAUGAGUCAGUUACUCAUAUUGAACUUAAAAAUGAUGAAAUAACCAUGUAUUCACCCAACUAUUUUGCUAUAACUAAUUGUACGGGAUUAAAUGAUAGUUGUCAAGUGAAUUGUAAAAGUAAUGGAGAAAGUUUUGGAGGCGGAUAUCGUACAAUUUUUAACACAUCAGAGUGUGUUUUUAAGAGUAAUUCCAGACUCGAAAUCUGGUUGUCCAAUGUUACUAAUUGGGUUGCUAUUCGUUUUGAUGAUAAAAAAAUUUUCGAAAUUAUGGAUUAUCCUGAUUAUAUUAUUUUGAAUCAAUGGUCUUUGAUCAGAAUUAGAAGAAAAGUGACUAGAAACCUUAUUCGAAACUGGAAAGGAUAUUUAGGACUUUUUCCGGAAUACAAUGAAACUUCUUCUUAUGGAACUUUUUUAUAUGGAGUUAUUCCAACCUCUCAGCCGUCAACAGCAAUUCUAGAUCUGAUAGCUGAAUCUUUGGAUACAGAAGUCCAAACAGAAGUGAGGUAG